UUCGACAUGCUUCCAUGGCCUUCUGUGAACGAUGGAGAGAUGGAUUUUGCCAACUUCAUCACGGCUCGUCGUCUCGCUCACAAAUGAUCUUCAGGUUGCUAUACUGUAGAAAAGCGGCCACCUGACACUUCUGUAGCUACGGAUCGCUCUCUUGUGUUGCAAACCGCUCUAUUCUAUUCUAUUCUAUUGCAUUGUCUGUGUCAAGAUGGACGUCGAAUGUAUGGUAACCAUUGUGGUAGCCGAAUCUGGCAGGUCUGAGACUCUCCCCGUGUCAUUGGGAACCACUGUCAAGGAAUUGUCGGAUUUUUCGGGUGCCAUGUUGGGAUUAUCUGGUAGUGUCCAACUCUACAAGGAUGGAUCCCGUUUGGACCCAAAUAUGAAGUUGGAACAAGCAGGAGUCAAGAAUGGAGACUUGUUGGCCGCUCAAAUUGCCGCUGCUGCACCACCACCACCAGCUGCUCCAGCCCAGGCUGCUGGUGGAUUGGACUUUUCCAGCAUUUUGGCCAAUGCCACGGCGGCGGCGGCGUCUGCACCCGUGGCAGCGGCACCUGCAAGUGGAGGCCUGGAUUUUUCCAAUCUCAUCAUGGGUCAACAACUCAACAAAACCAACUCAGAGCCCGUGUAUUAUCCCGGCAUGACACUCAAUGAUGCCCUCGACCACAACACCAAUCCCGAACAUAUUGUCACUCUCCUACAAACCCGAGAGCACUUAUUCAAAGAACUCAAUUAUCAUCAACCUGUGUUGGCCAACAAACUACGAAAUCAAACCUAUGAAAAGGCCGUCCAAAUUUGGCGGGAAGAGAUUCUAAAAGGAGGUAUUCAAUCCGCCAUGUCACGCAACAAUACGCAACUCAAGGAACAGGAUUAUCGACAGCGCUUGGAAAAGAAUCCCAAUGACAAAGAAGCCAAGGAAUACUUUGACUCUCAAAAGCGAGAGCAACAGGUUCGAGAACAAUACUUCCAAAUGAUGCAGGAGUAUCCAGAAUCAUUAGGACGAGUGCUCAUGCUCUACAUUGAGGCCAAAAUGAAUGGUCAUUCUGUGCAAGCCUUUGUGGAUAGCGGUGCACAAAACACAAUCAUGAGCAAAAAGACAGCCACAAUGUGUGGGAUCAUGGAUCUCUUGGAUACUCGGUUCCGGGGAGUCGCCGUUGGUGUGGGGACAGGAACCAUCUUGGGACGGGUUCACAUUGUGCAGCUACAAUUGGGAGACUAUUUCUUUCCCUGUACCAUCACCAUCAUGGAUGAUCCGCCACCAGGUAGCGAAGCCAAAGACAUGCCAUUCUUGUUGGGAUUGGACAUGCUCAAACGACACACCUGUUCCAUUGAUUUGGAGAACCAAGUUUUGAAGUUUCGACUUGCGCCUGGAAAGUAUCUGGAGACGCCCUUUCUACAUGAGAAGGAUCUUGAGGAGAGUCAAGGAGGGACGAAAGGAUUUAAUGCCGAGAAGGCCAACCUAGAGUUGGCUGAGUUGCAGCGAAAACACGAGGAGGAAGAUAAGGAUGGUGAUAGCAAGAUGGAGUGAGCCCAAGUUGAUCAGCUUUGAUGCAGACCUCAGAAGAAGAUCUGUUCUGGUCCCCAAACACGGAGGUCAUGUCUUGACAGAUGUUGUUGAUAAGGUUGGCUAGAACAGCCAUGUCCGAUUCUUGUAGGCUGGCCCAUCCAAGGCAUUGUCAAAGGGGCGACGUGUCAGCCGCCCUUCCCGUCGCUCAGAUGUGGAUGAUUUGGAAGACUACCUAGCAAGAACCACCACUUGACCAUGGUUGUAUUAGUCUAUUCAACCCUAAUUACUCUAGCUAAAUAAUGAGCCACAAUCCCAAUC